AGGCCACCGCCCUCUAUAAAUUCUCCCCAAUGCCCUUCUCAAUUUUCAUUCUCAUAUUGCUCGCUUCCUCUUCCUAAAUUCUAGGGUUUUUUCAAUCGCUUUCUAUUGACGUCCUCUUUCUGUCUCUCUCUCUCUCUCUCUCUUCUCACCAAUCCUCCUUCAAGAUGCAGAUCUUUGUUAAAACCCUCACUGGAAAGACUAUAACUCUUGAAGUUGAGAGUUCCGAUACCAUUGACAAUGUCAAAGCAAAAAUUCAGGACAAAGAAGGAAUACCCCCAGACCAGCAAAGGCUUAUUUUUGCUGGAAAGCAACUUGAAGAUGGUCGGACCUUGGCCGACUACAACAUUCAGAAGGAGUCUACCCUUCAUCUGGUUCUUCGUCUGAGGGGUGGCAUGCAGAUCUUUGUUAAAACUCUCACAGGGAAAACAAUUACUCUUGAAGUUGAAAGCUCGGAUACCAUUGACAAUGUCAAAGCCAAGAUCCAAGACAAGGAAGGUAUCCCCCCAGACCAGCAGAGGCUGAUCUUUGCUGGAAAGCAGCUUGAGGACGGUCGUACAUUAGCUGAUUACAAUAUCCAAAAGGAGUCCACUCUACAUUUGGUCCUCCGAUUGCGUGGUGGUAUGCAAAUCUUUGUCAAGACCCUCACAGGCAAAACUAUCACUCUUGAAGUUGAGAGCUCCGACACAAUUGAUAAUGUGAAGGCAAAGAUUCAGGAUAAGGAAGGCAUUCCCCCUGACCAGCAAAGGCUUAUUUUUGCUGGGAAGCAACUUGAAGAUGGCCGAACUUUGGCAGAUUAUAAUAUCCAAAAGGAAUCUACCCUUCAUCUUGUUCUCCGUCUUCGUGGAGGUAUACAGAUAUUUGUCAAGACCCUUACAGGAAAGACCAUAACCCUCGAGGUUGAGAGCUCCGACACUAUUGAUAAUGUAAAGGCAAAGAUUCAGGAUAAAGAGGGCAUUCCUCCUGACCAGCAAAGGCUUAUUUUUGCCGGGAAGCAGCUUGAAGAUGGCCGAACCCUUGCAGAUUACAACAUUCAAAAGGAGUCAACCCUUCAUCUCGUUCUCCGACUUCGUGGUGGUAUGCAGAUAUUUGUGAAGACAUUGACAGGGAAGACAAUCACGCUUGAGGUUGAGAGUUCUGAUACAAUCGACAAUGUAAAGGCCAAAAUUCAGGAUAAGGAAGGGAUUCCUCCAGAUCAGCAGAGGCUUAUCUUUGCUGGAAAGCAGCUUGAAGAUGGUCGCACGCUAGCAGAUUACAAUAUUCAGAAGGAGAGCACGUUGCACCUUGUUCUUCGUCUUCGUGGAGGUUGCGCGUAAUGGAGUGGUCUAUGAUAGUAGUGUUGUUUUGAUGGCUUUUCUUUAAUAGCUCAUGAAAAUAUUGAAACUGUGAAGAUUAUCUUUUCUGUUUUUCCUUUUUAAGUUUACAGUAAUUUGUUUGCUUGUGUUUGGAUGGUCAGUAUAAUUGUUCUAUCUGAUUAAGCUUUCUGGGGUUCACUCAUUAACAGUAGUAAUGUUGAAUUGGAAUGUCAUUAACCCAUUCUUGGUUUCUACUGAGAA